AUGGGAGGCAUCGUUGUCCCUAAGAAGGGCAAGAACUACCGGGGCGUUCGCCAGCGGCCAUGGGGCAAGUGGGCUGCGGAAAUUCGGGACCCCAGCGUGGGAGCAAGAAGGUGGCUGGGCACCUUUGACACGGCCGUGGAGGCCGCCCGUGCCUACGACGCAGCUGCAAGGGCCAUACGGGGCUCUAAUGCACGGUGCAACUUCCCGCUGCCCGACAAUGCGGAUCGGCAGUCGCCGAUCCCGGGUUUGGGCAUGCAUACACUGCCUUUCUUGGGCAUGCCACCCCAGGACGGGGCGGCGGCUGGGGGUGGCUGCCAAAUACAUGGGGUGGGGCAGCUGCCACAGCUGCGAAAGGGGGACAUCGGCAGCCCUGGCUUGGGCAUUAGUGGCAUGGGUUCCCUUGAAGAGGUCAGGUGGAGCAGAGGCGAUCGCCAAGACUGCAGCGGGGCAGACCGAAGGGCUGCUGCAAGGUUUGACAAAGAGAACAGCCUUAGCGACAGUGAAAGUGACAGUGACAUUGAAUUUUCGGACGACUACGGAUCUGAUGAUGAAUCGCUUAUACCAGCUGAGAAGUUGCUGUUGAACUCUUCGGAGCUGCCAACAGGAGCAAUGCCCAUGAGUGGUGCACAGUCGAUUCCCAUCGGGCCUGAUGCGCUGAGCAGCUCAGUCGCCAUGAGGACCGGCGUCACCCCUCCAGAGGGCUGGAAGGUGCCCCUGAGCCCCCAGCAGAUCGCCGCCUCCCCAAGGUCCCACAGCAUCCACUUUGGCUCGAUGGGCCGGUCAGUUGACAUGGUGGACAUGGUGAAGCGCAUCAUGGAGGGGGGCAACAUGUCCGUUGGCAGCUUCAACAUCGACGACACAGCCUCGAACGCGUUCCUGCGCCGUGUGGGCUCCUGCGACACGGACUUCUCCGCCAAGGACGAGCCGCAGAAGGGGCGGCCCAGCGGCGACAUGGAUGACACGUUCAUGUACGAGCCAUCAGCAUCUAUUUGGCACUGGCCGCGUUGGUCUGGGCUUUGCGCCCACGCCACUGUUUGCAGGGGCCAUGGUCGGCGGCGGGGGGAACAGUAUGAUGGCAGCACAGGCGCCAGGAAUGUUGGCACCAGCAUGGGUAUGAAUGACGGGUCUUGA